CCGGGGCCCCCGCGCGCCCCCGCCGUUGAUGACACCUGGAGGGGGCCGCCAUGGAGGGGGACGGCUCGGACUCGCUGGUUACCAUUAAGAAUAUCGAGAGAGAGCUUGUUUGCCCCGCCUGCAAGGAGCUAUUCACCCACCCGUUGAUUCUCCCCUGUCAACACAGUAUUUGUCACAAAUGUGUGAAAGAGCUCUUACUCACUGCUGAUGACUCGCUUUGUGACAUGGGAUCAGACAACUCCAAUCAGAGCAGUCCCAGGAUCCGGCUCCCCUCCCCAAGCAUGGACAAACUUGACAGAAUUAACAGACCAGGCUGGAAGCGAAACUCAUUGACUCCCAGGACAACCACUUUUCCUUGUCCUGGGUGUGAGCAUGAUGUGGAUCUUGGAGAACGAGGCAUCAGUGGUCUGUUCCGAAAUUUCACUUUGGAAACUAUUGUGGAAAGGUAUCGGCAGGCAGCCAGGGCAGCCACCGCCAUCAUGUGUGACCUCUGCAAGCCACCGCCUCAGGAGUCCACAAAAAGCUGCAUGGACUGUAGUGCGAGCUACUGCAACGAGUGCUUCAAAAUCUAUCACCCCUGGGGUACCGUGAAGGCUCAGCAUGAGUAUGUGGGUCCAACUACUAAUUUUAGACCCAAGAUUCUAAUGUGCCCGGAACAUGAAACAGAGCGAAUCAACCUGUACUGCGAGCUGUGUAGGCGGCCCGUGUGCCACCUGUGUAAGCUGGGUGGCACUCAUUCUACGCACCGCGUCACCACCAUGAGCAGUGCCUACAAAACCUUAAAGGAAAAGCUUUCAAAGGAUAUUGACUACCUUAUUGGUAAGGAAAGUCAGGUGAAGAGUCAGAUUUCAGAACUUAACUUGCUCAUGAAAGAAACUGAGUGCAACGGUGAGAGAGCGAAAGAAGAAGCCAUUACACAUUUUGAAAAGCUCUUUGAGAUUCUAGAAGAGAGGAAAUCAUCUGUUUUAAAAGCAAUUGAUGCUUCUAAGAAACUAAGAUUAGACAAAUUUCAGACGCAAAUGGAAGAAUAUCAGGGACUCCUUGAGAACAAUGGGCUUGUAGGGUAUGCGCAAGAAGUGCUCAAGGAGACGGACCAGUCUUGCUUUGUACAGACAGCAAAACAGCUCCACCUCAGAAUACAGAAAGCUACAGAGUCUUUGAAGAGCUUUCGACCUGCAGCUCAGACUUCUUUUGAAGACUACGUCGUUAAUACAUCUAAACAAACAGAACUUCUCGAAGAACUGUCCUUUUUCUCUAGUGGCAUAGAUGUGCCAGAGAUCAAUGAGGAGCAGAGCAAAGUGUAUAACAAUGCUUUGAUAAACUGGCAUCAUCCAGAAAAGGAUAAAGCAGAUAGCUAUGUCCUCGAAUAUCGGAAGAUUAAUAGAGAUGAAGAAAUGUUGUCUUGGAAUGAGAUAGAAGUAUUUGGCACAAGUAAAGUGAUUUCAGACCUAGAAAGCAAUUCUAACUAUGCUUUCAGAGUAAGAGCCUACAAGGGUUCCAUCUGUAGUCCGAACAGCAGAGAACUGAUUCUUCGCACUCCUCCAGCUCCAGUUUUCAGUUUCCUCUUUGAUGAAAAAUGUGGGUAUAAUAAUGAGCAUCUCUUACUGAACUUGAAGCGAGAUCGUGUUGAGAGUAGAGCCGGGUUCAAUCUUCUCCUGGCUGCGGACCGCAUCCAGGUGGGCUACUACACGAGCUUGGACUACAUCAUCGGCGACGUGGGCAUCACCAAGGGGAAGCACUUCUGGGCCUUCCGUGUGGAGCCGUAUUCCUACCUGGUGAAAGCAGGAGUGGCUUCCAGCGAUAAGCUCCAAGAAUGGCUGCGUUCUCCCCGGGAUGCCGCCAGCCCACGGUACGAGCAAGACAGCGGCCACGACAGCGGAAGCGAAGACGCCUGCUUUGACUCUUCACAGCCCUUCACGUUAGUCACCAUCGGCAUGAAGAAGUUUUUCAUACCCAAGUCACCGACUUCUAACGAACCCGAAAAUCGAGUCCUCCCCAUGCCCACCAGCAUCGGGGUCCUCCUCGACUGUGAGAAAGGCAAGGUGGCUUUCUACGACAUGGACCACAUGAGGUGCCUGUACGAGCGCCAGGUGGACUGCUCGCACAUGAUGUACCCGGCCUUCGCGCUGAUGGGCAGCGGCGCGGUGCAGCUCGAGGAGCCCAUCACUGCAAAAUACCUCGAGUACCAAGAGGCCGUGUAGGGCGAGCGUCUGAUGUGACUGGGGCUGGACGAUGGCAGAGAAAUGCCUCGGUGUUCACCUUCGUAACUAAAUACAUAUCAUCUACGUAUCUGUCCCCAGGUUGGUUUGUUGUGU